UCUUUGAUCCACUAGGUCUAUUAGCGCCAUGCACGGUCCAGCCAAAAAUGCUUCUCCAGCAACUGUGGAAAAGAGGGUUAGACUGGGAUGAGCCAGUCCCAGAAGAUCUACAAAGGGCAUGGCAUAAAAUUAGAGAAGGCUUUCCACUAUUAUCGGACUUAACUAUCCCACGAAGAGUGUUAUGCGAUGAAACAAACAACAUACAACUACAUUCCUUCAGUGACGCAUCUAUGCACGCCUAUGGCGCCUGCAUCUAUCUAAGGUCUAUCAACAAAGACGGCGAUAUUACAGUCCAACUACUAUGUGCCAAAUCGAGAGUAGCUCCAACCAAGCCGCCAUUAACAAUACCAAAAUUAGAAUUGCUAGGAGCUCUACUCGCUGCUAAUCUAUCAAAGUUGGUGCUGGAGUCCCUACGAUGUCCUGUUUCAAAAAGCGUACACUGGUGUGAUUCUAGAGUCGUACUCGCAUGGCUAAACAACAGUCCCAGUAAACUGAAGAGUUUCGUGGCCAACAAGGUUGUCGAAAUCUGCGAAAACACAAAUCUGUCUUCUUGGCGCUACGUACCUACUGCUUCCAAUCCGGCUGACUACAUCUCACGCGGCGUAUCACCAGAGAAACUACGCAAACUACAAGAUUGGUGGACUGGGCCCUCUUUCCUUGCAAUGGAAGACACCCAAUGGCCAGUUAUAGAACAGACGAACAACAACAAUACUUCACAUGAAGCAGACUUACCUGAGAUGAAAGUCCUAGUAACAAUCCAAUCCGACAAUGACCCGAUAAUAAAGAUAGAUAAUUAUUCACAACUCAACCGACUAACGCGGACAUUAGCUUAUAUUUUGAGAUUUAUUCAUAAUUCUAAAAACAAAAAUGCCAAAAUAACAGGAUCUCUCUCGGCUAGCGAACUAAAUAAAUCAUUAGCAUAUCUAGCAAAACAAUCACAAAAGGAAUCUUUCGAAAAGGAAUACGACGCGCUACGGAAGGGCCAACAAUUAUCAACUAAUUGUAAAAUUACAUCCCUAAACCCAUUUCUAGAUGAUGAUGGUAUUAUGAGAGUGGGUGGUAGAUUAAAUAAGUCAAACUAUAGCCACAACAAGAAACAUCCUAUAAUUUUAGAUGGAAAACACAGACUCACCAAACUAAUCUUCGAAAGGGAGCAUUUACGUCAGCUGCAUGGAGGCCCUCAGCUUAUACUGUACUCGGUCCGACAGACAAUAUGGCCAAUCGGUGGCCGACAAUUAGCUAGGAGUACAGUCCGCGCAUGUGUGGUAUGUCGUCGACAUAAAGGCCAAACGCUCACACCUAUGAUGGGGAAUUUACCGUCUGAACGCAUCACUCCUGCAUUCCCGUUCCAAACUAUAGGAAUGGAUUUUGCUGGCCCAUUCAAUAUCAUAAACAAAAAGGGUCGCGGAGCUAGGGUUUCAAAAUGCUAUCUGUGUCUAUUUAUUUGUUUUAGAUAUAAAUGCGUUCAUUUAGAGGCAGUUAGCGAUCUCUCAAAAGAAGCCUUUAUACUAGCUUUGCGUCGGCUAAUUUCUCGAAGAGGGAUACCGCGGGAAAUUUAUUGUGAUAAUGGCCGUAACUUUGUUGCAGCAGCAAAACAACUGGGUCAAUUUAUUAAGAAAAAUGCGAACAAUCUCUUAGAAUUUGCUACGACUAAGUCAAUUACCUUUAAAUUUCAACCUCCAUAUGCUCCUCAUUUUUCGGGUCUGUCAGAAGCCGGCAUUAAAUCGGCUAAGCACUUAAUCAAAAGAGCCAUAGGCAAUUCUCAUUUUACCUUUGAAGAGUUAUGUACUUUAUUUGCACAGGUUGAGGCGAUACUGAAUAGCCGUCCUUUAUCCCCGUUAUCCUCCACUCCUGACGAUUACCUUCCUCUUUCUCCAGGACAUUUCCUAAUUGGCCGGCCGCUGACAUCUAUACCAUCUACAGACCCUUCAGAACCGGAACGGCCCUGCCAGACACGCUACGAGCUGCUGGAAAGAGUUCGUCGACAGUUUUGGAAACGCUGGCAGAAAGAAUAUAUCUCCGAAUUACAGGAACGCAAAAGGUGGAAGAAAAACACACCAAGCUUGGCAAUGGGGGAUCUUGUUAUCAUACAAGAGGACAACACUCGACCACUGGACUGGCGCCUUGGACGUGUCACCCAACUAUUUCCGGGUGACGAUGGCAUUGCACGCGUCGCGGAGGUGAAAACAACAAGAGGAGUUAUACGUCGUGCCCUCACUCGCUUGUGCCCCCUGCUGGACAAAUCGGGCCCCGAGCAUGUUCGCGCUUAACCGCGCUUUAGACCGCCUCCCCCGCACCGCAGGCGCCACCCCCACCAAACGCGAGCGCAACGACGCGCACGCCCCGCAAAACCAGUCUGAAAUUAGUCUGCGAGCAAGCAACAGGGGAAGAAACUUAACUGUGAAAUUUGUAACUAU